AGCUAAACAAUCCAGAGUUUAAUCUGUUGCUUUAAAAUAAAUAUAGUUGACCAAUUAUUCAAAAUGACACUAGUUCAUGUGUUUGAGACAAUUUGGGACACCUACAAGACAGAAGACUCACUUUUGCAGCCUAUGUGGGACUAUGUGCGACUCAACCACUCUGAAACUCUUCGGUCUCCUCUCUUUCCUGUGAUUCUGACCGUAGAGUCAUAUUUUGUGCUUUGCCUACCCUACCUAGUCUGCGACAUCAUGGAAAAGAAGUGGCCAGCUAUUAACCGGUACAAGAUUCAGCCCGACAAGAUGCCCACUACUGCAAUGCUCCUUCACUGCAGUGGAGUAACUCUUUUUAAUCACGUACUUCUGGUGUUUCCUGCAGCAGCAGCGCAGUGGAUGUGGAGACCUCCUGUCCCCCUGCCUGAACGAGCACCUACAUUGUUUGAACUUGCAGGUGGGGUGACUGGAAACCUUCUUCUUUUUGACUUUCAGUAUUUUAUCUGGCACUUUUUGCACCAUAAGAUCCGCUGGCUGUAUGUGACUUUCCAUGCUAUCCACCAUAAUUACUCUGCCCCAUUUGCUCUGGCCACACAGUGCCUUGGUGGAUGGGAGUUGGUCACAGUGGGCUUCUGGACCACGCUCAACCCCAUUCUGUUGAGGUGUCACCUGCUCACCAUCUGGAUGUUCAUGGUGGUCCACGUCUAUGUAUCAGUGGAAGACCACUGUGGAUAUGAUUUCCCUUGGUCCAUGUCUCGUCUGAUCCCAUUUGGUGUUUAUGGAGGUCCGAGCAAACAUGAUGUGCACCACCAGAAACCUAAUACUAACUUUGCACCCCAUUUUAGUCACUGGGAUAAACUGUUCGGCACUCAUACUGAGUUUAGUUUUGCUAAAACUCAGUGAUGAACAUGCUUGCAUGUAAAUGUAUAUUAAAUUUGCAUGUUUGGUUGCUUCAAACAGAGCUUAAACAAUGCUGAAUUUAUAACUUUUAGUUAUAACUUUGAUUGUAUUUGUAUAGGAACAGUA